AUGGAGCCUGACAAACCAGCCGCGAUCCACGAUGAGGGCACGGACGUGGCCAAGCCAACUACUAUUGAUGGUCUUCCGCAUACGCCAGUCCUAGUGACAGAGGAAGAUAGCAAGCGGAUCGCCCGCAAAACAGAUCGAACCAUUCUGGUGAUAUUGAUCUGGGUGUAUUUCCUACAGAUUCUCGACAAGUCAGUAUUGGGCUUUGGCGCAACCUAUGGCCUAGAGGAGGACACCCACCUCACCGGCAACCAAUACUCCCUGAUCGGUUCAAUCGCCCCAAUCGCACAGCUUGCAUGGCAGCCCUUCUCCUCCUGGCUUAUUGUGACCAUCCCGCCUCGCAUCCUGAUGCCCACAUUAGUGCUUGGAUGGGGCAUCGCGCAGACCUGCAUGGCAGCAUGCAGCAACUUCGGCGGGCUAAUGGCCACCCGCUUCUUUCUGGGCCUGUUCGAAGCCGGCUGCCUACCACUCUUCAGUCUCCUUACAAGCCAGUGGUAUCGUCGUGCUGAGCAACCCAUCCGAGUAGCCGCCUGGUACGGCACGAACGGCGUGGCGACCAUCAUAGCAGCGGUGCUAUCAUUCGGCCUAGGACACAUUAAAUCCGGGGUGAUGAAAGAGUGGCAAAUCAUCUUCCUCGUCGUCGGUCUCAUCACCAUCAUCUCCAGCCCAUUCGUCUACUGGAGGCUCGACAACGACAUCCCGUCAGCACGCUUUCUCACCGAAGAAGAAAAGCUCCAAGCGAUGGAACGUCUGCGAGCGAACCAAACGGGCGCUGGAUCACGCGAAUUCAAAAUCAGCCACGUCUACGAAGCAUUCCUUGAGCCCAAAACCUACCUCUGGGCCAGCAUGGCCCUCCUCCUCAACAUCGGCGCCUCCGUGUCAAACGUCUUCGGCCCCUUGAUCCUCCAAGGCCUCGGCUACGACACAUACACCACCACAUUGCUGAAUAUGCCUUUCGGUGCCGUACAAGUUAUCGUCAUCCUGCUGGCCAGCUACCUGGCGCAAAAGGCCCGUCUCAAGGGCAUCAUCCUCGCGGCGCUAAUGCUCCCCGUCGUCGCGGGUCUGGCUAUCCUGUAUGCUGUUCCACGGAACAGCUCCACCAACGGCGCCCUCAUGGCCGGAUACUAUCUCAUUGCCUUCUUGUUUGGCGGGAACCCGCUAAUCGUCAGCUGGAUUGUCGCUAACACAGCCGGCACGACGAAGAAAUCAGCCAACAUGUCAUUAUACAAUGCUGCCGUAUCGGCCGGGAAUAUCAUCGGCCCUCUGUUAUUCAACGAGAAAGACGCGCCGGCAUACAGACCCGGAUUGCGGGCAUGCGUGGGGAUCUUCGUGGCGUUGAUCGCAGUGUUCCUGCUACAGUGGGCGGAUCUGUGGGUAUUGAACAAGAUGCAAGAGAAGCGGCGCGUAAGGAACGGCAAGCCCGCAAAGGUAGUGGAUGUAUCGAUGCAGAGCGACCGGAUGAUGGCGAUUGAGCAGACGUUGGAGGCCAAUGGCGAGGAAGGGCAUGUCGGGGCGAACGGGCUGUUGGAUCUGACGGACGGGAAGAAUGAGGAUUUUGUUUACGUCUACUAA